CGUGCGACUAUCCUGAAUCAGGCACAUGAAGAACUUGGACAUAGAGGAGAAGCUGCCACCUGGGAGACAAUUCAGCUUAGGUUUUUCUGGCCCUACUUAUUUUCAGAUGUACGGCAUCAUGUACAAUCAUGUCACCCCUGUCAGAUACGAAGCACUACAAAGAUGCACAUUCCUAUCACAGUAUCUACUCCAUCCACAAUCUUUGUGAAAGUAUACAUUGAUAUCAUGCACAUGCCUCCAGCUCAAGGAUUCAAGUAUAUUGUACUAGCUAGAGAUGAUUUAUCACGCUAUGUAGAAGGACGACCUCUUAAGGCACCUACUGCCAAGGCCCUUAGCAAGUUU